UGUGGCAGUUAUUUCUGUACCUGUUCUGUUGUUUGUGACUAAUUCUUUGAUCUCUUAUAGUCAAGAGGAGUUUGGAGACUUUGCUUCCUUUCCUUCAGUAGCUUCUCCAGGUUCAGAUUUUCCUAAUAAGGUGGAGUUUCUUGAACCAGCAAUGAUUACAGCAACAACUUUACCUCUUCAUCCACAUUCCAGAGCAUCAAGUAUAACUCAGGGGUUAACAGGUAACCUCUGCCAUCAGCCUUCACCAAUAACAAGUAUUGGUCCUCAACCUGGGCUUGGACUAGCCUCAACUUGGACUAAUUUAGAGGGCCAAAAGUCUAGUUCAUCUAAUGGUCAGCUUCACCAGCCUGGACUGAGAAUUUCUCUAACACAGUUUUACCCAAACAACUUUGUUGGACAGUCAUCUGGAAUGGUAAUUACAGGAGGGUCUGUCAAUCCUGGAGUAAUGCCUUUGUUCAACACAGGCACACAAAAUAUAGGAAUGUCAAGCCAACCACAAUCUCUUACCAGCUUUAAUGGAUCUAACUAUGGUCUUGCAGGAUCUGUUCCAGUGGUGCAGCCCACUUCAUAUCAGGUAAUGUCACCAACAUCAGCAAUGUACUCAAAUGUUUCAGCAUUUGCUAAGAUGUCAAAUCAGGCUGCUGCUAUUAGUGCAACACAGAAAACCAACACAUGGAGCCACAGUGGUAGUGUAGACAUCAAUGUGGACAAUCUCUUGCCAGUCAACAAAUACAUAAAACCAGCUGCUCCUAGCAUGAAUCAACUUGCAAGUGUUAAUAACCUUACAUCGAACAUGCAGCAGAUGUCCUUAGGUCAUGUUCCACCACAACCUAUGGGUGUUAAUAACCUUACAUCGAACAUGCAGCAGAUGUCCUUAGGUCAUGUUCCACCACAACCUAUGGGUGCAAAUAAUUCAACACCGGCUUUUUGCAGUCCGAAGGUUGGAAAUUUAACAUCUCCUGUUGGAAAACUUCCCCAAAAUCCUGAAAUGGGUGCAGCCUUUAAUUUACAGGGAUUUUCCUCUAUAUAACUAUAACGUAUGUGUACAUAAGGAACUGCCAGUUUGAACACUUAUCUUGCACGAUUGUGUUAAAAUUGAAAAUAUACUGAGGAUGUAGCUUCUUUUUUUCAGUGGCAUGUUUAAGAUACUUGUGGGCCUAAUGGGUGUGAAUUUUUACAUCAUCAUGAAAAACAAAAGUAUAUCUUUAUAUCAUAAAUGAAGACAUUCUUGAAGAACGAAAGAGCUUUUUGCUUUAUUUACACUGAAUUACAUGGAACAACUGUAGAAAUAGAAAUAGCAUCGGGUUUGUAAUGUGUAUUUAUAUAGGACAAAAUGUUAAGCUCUAAUAUUGGUACUGGUAUGAAAUAGAUUUGAUUUGGCAGAAUAUUUUAUGUAUUGAAACAAUUCUUGUCACUUAUUAACUUUUAUAAGUUUAAUUUUUGUAUAUUACUAAUAAACUGCUUGUUCAGUGAUUGAAGUAAACUACAAUAGUGCACUUAUUUUAGUAGGCCAAAAAUGGGUAUUAAGUAAUGCUAAUAUAAGUUUUGAUAGAAAUCAUGGUUUGUUUCCUGUGAAGGUACUUAAGUAUAUGUUGUAUACAUGUAAUUCUAUUUCAUGGUUGCAUUUAGACAUACAUUAAGUAAUUAGUAAACACUGAUAUAACUUGUUUUUAUAGGGAAUUUUUCUCAACUAGUAGUAAUUGCAGGUGAAUAUUCAAAACUGACUUUUUCAAGCACUUGACGCUUGAAAGUAUUGCAGAGAUUCAAACUCCAUAUUAUGUGUGGCUGUACUUUUUGUGAUUUUAUUGUACAAGUGAUGGACAUUUCUAUUUGUACAGAGUUUGAAACAUUAUUAAAACUAGUUUGUUCUGUAUGCAUUCUUUAAUAACGAAGUCUGGGAAUAAGAUAGUUGGUUAUUCGUGGACUCAUUUUUAAUAUACUUCCUUUCAGUGUAUAUUUCAAAUUUACAAUUAACAUGAGAAUGGCAGAGAUACAUAGAAACUUGGUCCUUUUACUUUUGAAGUACCUAAGUUAUUUUUAUAAAGUAUUUAUAAAAAGUUUAAAUUAUUUAAAAUUAUGUUGUUUUUUUCAGUUUCUUUUAAAAUCCAGUUUAUUUUUUUCCUCAACUUUAUAAUGAUAAUCUUAACUUUUAAUUCUCAUUUAAUGUCACUUAAUUUGUAAUUUUAACAUGUCUUUAAGUUACUGUAUUGUUUUAGGUGAUGAACUUGUAAUGUUAUCAAAAUAGUAAAGUUUCACUCUGUAAUCCAUUGUUACUUUGUAAAUGCAAAAUAAAAGUAUCUAUUAAGUUAAAAGGUCAGUCCUUUAAUAAAAUAUUUCUUAUCAAGUCAUGAAAAUUUAUAUAGAUUUUGCAAUCCUCCGAGUUAGCAACCGCUUUUGGCAGAGCCAUGGCAUUUUAUGAAGAAUGUCAAGUGUGACAGCAAAACAGGAAUGUUAUCAUAAGAAAAACUUCUAAUUUAUUUCCUUUUUAUUUCUUGAAUUUUCCUGAGAAUAAAAUCAAAGAUUAAGAUUUUAUACAAAAAUAGAAUUGGUAAUAAAUAAGUAGAAUGUCUAAUGAUCCAGUCACCUUACCUUGCCUAGUUUGAGAUGUCAGUCACGAUUGAAUUAAGUAGAUUGCUAUAACAACCAAGGCAAAUGCCAAAUUUGUAAAUAACUUUAAGACUAACUAUCCAGAUGUUUCUGAGUAACCCUGUAAAGCUCUGCCCUGGACGAACUGUUUAUUCUUGCCUUAAUAAUCUAACUUUAAGUCUAAUAGAAAAUAGGAAUGCUGCACAAAAUAAUAAGCAAUUUGUAUACUUAAACUUUCUACUGCGUUUCUGUCGGUAUGGCAGCUUAAUAUUGUAAAAGUUUAAAUUAUUAUUAAUACUCUUCUGUUGUUCAAAAACAGGGUUAAGAGUAUUUUGCUGUAUUUCACUAUCAUAAAAAAAUAGGAGUUUCAUUUUGUUUUUUUUUGAUAUGCCAUGGAAGUUGAAUAUCAUGCAGGCAAAAGUCACAAAGUUGAGGGUUAAGGUUUAACUUGGAAAGUAGCCUCUAAUUUUAUUUCACCAAAAAUCUUUAGUUAUUACAAAGCUUAAUGUAAGUUUUUCAUUUCUUUCUUUAGUGAGGACACUUGUUGUAUAUCCUUCUCUAUGUAUUAAAUGUGGCUUGGUGUGGAUUGUAUGUGGUAUUUUCCUGAUCAAUGCACAUAACGACAGAUGACAUAUUUAGGCUGUGGGCUUGAUAUCCUAAUUUUGAGGAUUGUUAUACACACACAGAAUCACAGAAGUGUAUGGUAUAGUUAAAGUGACUAUAAUACGUCAAGAAAAAAUAUAAAACAUCAUUAAAUCCCAUUUCCCAUCUUUAACUGUAUGUUAUCCAAAUUUCAAAACCAUUGAAAGUAUUUAUUCUUGCAUGCAUGCUCUGUGGAGUUUUAUCUGUAGUAUUUCAUAGCCUCUAUGAUUAUUUUGUUUGUAAAUAAACAUUUUAUAAGCUCGAA